AUAUAUAAAUAUUAAUAUAUCACGAAGAUGACGCAAAAUUGAAUUAUAUUAAAUUGUACCGAGCCGACCAAUAGCUGUCGUGAUUCAAGCAAUGUUAAUUUUAAAAGUGAAGUUUUAUAUUAAUCAUUUUUCAUGUUACUAAUUACGUGAACAUUUAUUAUUUCAUAUUUAGAUAGUAAUCAAGAAAAAUUCUCAUAAGUUGUAUACUUUAUGAUUCAAUGAUUGAAAGGAGCAAGAUUGAUUAAGGAAAGUAGAAUAAAAUUUUAAAAAUAAGUUCUACACUUAUCUUAUUUUUUGUAAAAAUGCUUCACAUUUAUUGACUAUUUCGUGCUUAAUGAGUAGAUCUCAAAAUGAAAUAUUCUACAUCACCUCCAAUAAGUAGGUGUAAUUCUCCUAGUCCAGUUGAAUCUGGUUCAAGUUUACCAAUGCCAGUAACUUACAGGCAGGAUUGUAUGGGUGCAGCAACAAAAUGUUACAAAUACCUGAGGAAGUUACUGAAAUUCGAACAAAUGGAUUUCGAAUUUGCUUUAUGGCAAAUGAUCUUUUUAUUUAUAUCACCACAGAAAGUCUAUAGAAAUUUUCAAAGCAGGAAACAAACAAAGUCACAAUUUGCAAGGGAUGAUCCUGCAUUUUUGGUACUACUAAUGUGUUGUCUGUGCAUAUCUUCGAUUGGUUUUACUAUAGUUUUGGGAUUAGGAUUUUUUCAAUUUAUUAAAUUGUUAUUUUAUAUGAUAUUCAUUGAUUAUCUUACUGCUGGCUUGAUAGUAGCUACAAUAUUCUGGUUUAUAACAAAUCGUUAUUUAAGAAUUGAUAAGACUCAAGAUGUAGAAUGGGGAUAUGCAUUUGACAUUCAUUUGAAUGCAUUUUUCCCACCAUUAAUCAUACUUCAUAUUGUACAACUCUUUUUAUAUAAUGGUCUUAUAAAUUAUGAUACAUUUUCAUCAAAAUUUCUUGGAAAUACAAUUUGGUUAAUAGCUGUUGGAUAUUAUAUUUAUAUUACAUUUCUGGGCUAUACAAGUAUGGAAAUACUUCAUAAGACGCACAUAAUACUAUCAACAUUACCGAUAAUGUUAUUGAUGUAUAUCGUGACAUUAUGUGCAGGUAUUAAUAUUAGUCACUUAGUUAUGGAAUUCUACCAUUACCGAGUUGUCUAGAUUAUAAAUUCUAAAUAUGGUUUGUUAUUAAAAUAUAAAAAAUAAUUUUAAAUUAAUUAAUUGUUUUUGUAUUAGAUUUUGAUACACGUUUUUAUGCAUCCAAAAUUUUCAAAUAGAUAAAAAUGUUUCAUAUUAUUAACAAUAAUUAUUGCAUUCAGUAACAAUAACGCAUUUUCUAAAAAAAGAAUCAAUUGUUUAAAUGAAAUAAGAAAAAUAUUGUGUAUUUCUAAUAACCAAUUUGAUUAUCGAGAAUUUUAUGAGAGUAGAAUUGUUGAGCCUCCAAUUUUGUAAUAAUACAAAAAAUUUGUUGUAUCGUAUUAAAUAGAAAUAAUAUUGUAUCAUUUUUUACCUUUUAUGAGACUUUUGAAUAAAAAAGCAUAACGUGUAUUAUCAUAUUA